GAUUCAAACCUCUUUCUGCAAACUGGAAUUAAUAAUUUUCUUGUGUAGCAAAUGGAGCUGGCUUUGAAUUCAUAACACAUGAAAAUGAGUUUUGAUUCUCAGGAAUUGAUGGCACUGCACUUGGGCUUCUAAUGCAUCACCAGAAAUUAGGAAAGAUCUUUGACAUUUGGUGCUUGCAUAUUCCAGUCAAGGACAGGACAUCUUUUCCAGGUGUCCAAUGAUGAGUAGUUGUGGACUAAGUACAUGUACGCUACAUCCUUUGGCAAGUCACAACUGAAACCUCUUCUACCUUUACUACAAAGCAUUCCAGAUGAAUUCUUUCUUUUGGCAAGAAAUUCCAUGUUAACCUUAACCACAGGUGACCAUUUGAGGAUGCUGAUGGAUAAUGUAGUGAAGGGCAUUCCUCUGGGACAAUCUGUUGUUGGAAAGCUGUCACAGGAUAUUGUUGCUGCAUCAUCUAACCUCUCUGUUCUGGUUGAAAUCUUACCCAAAGAAUUGCUCGAAUGGAAGCUACAAAGGCUGAAAUCUGCUUCUGCAUAUUCCAACUCUCGUCUCCAUGCCACAAAAGCUGAAGUGCAAUUACUUUGCAGGUAACUUGUUGAUUUCACUUUCAGUUUUGAAGAGCUAUUGAUAAAAUAUUAAAUGGCUUUGUCUAAA